UCAAGAUGCACAAAACAAUCUCGAGUAUGGUAAAGGCCAAGAGAUCACAUACGACUUUGAGAGAAUAGAAAUGGGGCUCGCAAAUAAAAUUGUAUUCGGAAAGCGUUUCUUGACAGGAACGCUGGACAAGUUCAUAUUUGCAAAAGAAUUGUUCCACUCGUGUGGACCGCUGUUGACGGAGAUUCGGUCGCAGUUAGUACAGGAUCAAAACUUGCCCGAGGAAGUACGCAAAGGAUUGUCUAACCUAAAAGAACGCAGAAUCAAGGAAGCCCAAGAUCUUCUUCAACAUUGCGAAGUACUGAUCUUCCUGCUUAAACAAAAACUGAGGGGCAUCAACGUCGAUAUGACCUUAGAGGAGUUCGCCGAGAAAAUGUCACCGCUGUUACCCAGUCCCUUCCCAGUAAACCUGCUACCCGAACCACGGAGCCUGAUCAAGAUUAGACACCUUCUUGCACUUUACGAAGCACUUGAAGAUUUGCUUGCUGAUGGAGCUAUCGAAGGGCUCGCUGACAAAUUCCGAGAUGCUCUGCCAGGUGACAUGAAAGAAUCUGUUAACGCCAUGAAGAAUAUUAAUCAGCUCAAACCGUCACACUUCUUGAAAGCAUUGCGGCGGUUCGUAUUCCGCUACCUAUCAUCUGAAACUGAAAAAUAUUGGCCCGAAAAGAGAACGUUGUUACAGUCCUGUUUGAAAGAAUCUUCUCUGUGGUUCCCACUCGAACCUCCAAACCCAAAUGACAUUCCCCAAGAAAUCACUCUCGAAUACGUGCACUCGAUUGUGAAAUAUCUUGAAGCAGAAGAAAAGGAGAAAAAAAGCGAACGAAGAAAUACUAGUCUUCGAAGUUUCUCCAGUAAACAACAGACUAUUAAACAAUCGGGAAAACGUCGACUUACGAAGUUCUCUUUGUCAUGAAGUGAAAUGAAGCUAGUGUUUCCUUAUCCGAUUACAACUAUGCGGUGACAAUUGAAGACAUGACGUAAUGAAAACAUGGGCAAUAGCUUAGAUUUAAGACAAAUAGUUCAGACUAGAUUUUGAUUUAAAUUGGGUUUUAUUCUUUAACGCUAUUACAAACAGUGCAGUAAAUUAACAUCUAUGAAACAUUAAUUAUAGAUUCAGGCACUGGCAUCUGAAUUAGUUUGAGAAUAGUUAUCUUCACUCAGGCUAAUCAGCUCUCAGAAUUCUUAUUCAAUACCUCGUAGCUUCCAAAAUUCGUCAAAUUCUAUUACGAGUAAUUUUAUUAGAUUCAAUAACAACUAUAUUUAGACUCAUCAGUGAAUUCAAUCCCUCUGUGAAGAGGACUAUGUGAAGGUAGCUACUCUCUGAGAGGGAUAGUAUAUACAUUAUCUAAUUCUCGGGACUCUAUAUAUCCCAUAUAGCAAACGUCAUGAUCAUACUCUAACCCUACUUAAACAAGUCAAACAGCCAAAUAUUAGAUAGCACGAGUCAUUAAUACUGAAAGGAUUUCUUCCUAUCAAUCAUACUAUUCAUACACGACAUCAAUUCUUAUGUUUAUAGGCACAGAUGUAUCUGAACUUACGAUUGAAUGUAAUUGAUUUUACAUGGUUUA